AUGUCCCCUGCUGCUCAUUCGUCAGUAGAUAAGAAGCAAUCUGGUAUUGCUAGAGUUUUAGGUAGUGCUACUGCUGGUAUUGCUGAAAUUGGUGUUUUUCAUCCAGUAGAUACUAUAAGUAAAAGAUUAAUGUCAAAUCAUGGAAGAAUUACAUCUGCACAUCAAUUAAAUACAGUUAUUUUCAGAGAACAUGCUGGUAAAGCUUUAGGUAAACGUUUAUUUACAUUAUUUCCAGGUUUAGGAUAUGCUGCAUGUUAUAAAAUUUUACAAAGAGUAUAUAAAUAUGGUGGUCAACCUUUUGCUAAUGAAUUUUUAACUAAAAAUUUUAAGGAUUGUUAUGAUUCAAUGUUUGGUCCAAAAAAUGGUAAAGCUUUAUUAUCAGCUACUGCUGGUUCAUUAAUUGGUAUUGGUGAAGUUGUUUUAUUACCUUUAGAUGUAUUAAAAAUUAAACGUCAAACUAAUCCUGAAUCAUUUAGAGGUAGAGGUUUUCUUAAAAUUUUAUCCGAUGAAGGUUUUGGAUUAUAUAGAGGUUGGGGUUGGACAAUGGCUAGAAAUGCACCUGGAUCAUUUGCUUUAUUCGGUGGUAAUUCAUUUGCAAAAGAAUAUAUUUUCCAAUUAAAAGAUUAUUCAAAAGCAACUUGGUCUCAAAAUUUCAUAACUUCAAUAUUUGGAGCUAGUGCUUCAUUAAUUGUAAGUGCUCCAUUAGAUGUUAUAAAAACAAGAAUACAAAAUAGAUCAUUUGAGAAUCCAGAAUCUGGUUUUACAAUUUUGAAAAAUAUGUUUAAAAAUGAAGGUAUAACUUCAUUCUUUAAAGGUUUAACUCCUAAAUUAUUAACUACUGGUCCUAAAUUAGUAUUUUCAUUUGCAAUGGCACAAUCUUUGAUACCUGCAUUUGAUAAGUUAAUUAGCGGUACUAAAUAG